GGCAGGUCCGGGCAGCGCUGGGCUGCGCGGUCUCCCAGACAACGGACAGGCGGGCGGGGAACACACCACCCAGGGCCGGGCAGAGAUCAUGCAGCCUCUGGCACCAUGACCGACUGCAGGCGGCUCUUGCGGUCGGGAACGCUGGCCCCGGUGCCCGAGCGCCGGUACUGCGGGCCCCGGUACAAAGAGCAUCUGUCCUCCGGGUAUUUCACUGUGCACAGAAGGCUGAAGUUCCCUAGAUCCCUGAACAGCCAGCGCUGGGUGUUUGUGGGAGAGGGCCUGGACUUCAGGAAAGGCUGUCGGCCUUGUGGAGGUCUAAUCGCUCAGGGCCCCAAGGAGAGCUUUCUGCCCAUGAUUCAUCCUGGAGUCCCUCCACCACCUUCCAAGAAGAGAUCGAAUGAGCUGCCCAAGGAAGCAUCCCUGCUCUCCAGGCUCUCGUGGGCCCAACGGGCUCGGAAGGCUUUUGUGGAGGAUGUGGAAGCCCGCUUGGCUCUGCAUCCCCUGGCUCUCCAUCCCCACCUGGAAGAAGCCAUGCCUGCCCAGCUCUUAUUACAGGUGCUGGAAGUGCUUGAUCCUGAGAGGAAGCUGGAGGAUACUUGGGCUUAUUGUCAGGACACCAAGAAAGGAACAAAGGAGCCCACAAAGCUUUUUAAAAACUGUUCUACCCAAGUGUGCCUGAGACUUCCCAAGAAGACUCCUAUGUCACAUUCAGGCCAGUGGCUUUAUGAAGAAAAGCCAAGUAAAACAGAUGUGCUCCAUGAAGAUGGUCCUCUUCUGCAUGAAAAUGUACGCAGAGAAGUUAGUGACUUCUGCAAGUGGGCUACCACUCUUGGAAGUUCAAACAUCGAUGAAGAGUUCAUCUUGAAACAGUUUGACCUUGGCUAUCAGAGCAAACCACCCUGUGAUGUGCUGCGUGUGAUGAGGCUAAACCAGGUUCCUUUGGAGUUGAAGAAGAGUGUGGGGCUAAAUAAGCUGCAGGAGGCAGAUUUCUUCCAGAAACGAGAUCAUGAGAGGACACAACGGAAACCACAGAAUCCUUAUAAACCAAAGCCGGUGAAGAUGAGGUAUGGAGCAUGGUAUUUGAACACCAACUUAUGGAAAAAGCAAAGAGCAGAUGAACCUUUGGUUGAUCCCAGAGUUUCAUCUAAAUCUCAGGAUGAGAAUUUUAAAAAGAAGCUACAGGACCAGGAAGAGGAGUUUCUUGCAGACCUUCAUGGAAUAGAUGCCUUUAAGGAUUUCAUCCUACUCAGGGGCUACAGGAUGCCCAGGUUCCUUGAGAAGAUUUAUAUUGGGAAGAAAGAUAAAUGUGCAUAUAAUAAGACUCUUAUAAAACUUACUUGAGCAUAGAAGAAUCUUGGAAAGAUAAUUAGGCAUAUUUUAUUGACUACAUACUUGGCUAUUGCUUUCCUGUUUUAAACAUUAAGUAAAAUUUAUGAUAAGUGUCCUAAGUGUCUUACUGUGGAUAUACAACUGCAACUUGUCAACAUCCAUAAAUGUAAGAUCUAAUGCUACAAAUAUUUCUCAUUGUUACCUGCUUCAUUUUAGUUGUAGUUGGACAUAAUACCUUAAUGUUUUAUAUAUUUUAUCAAAUCUGAAAUCAAUAGUCACAUGUAUUCUUCUCACAUUUUUAUAUCAUUGUGAAUAUUACAUAGGUAAUAUCAAUUAUUUGUAAAAAUAAAUGAAACAACAAUAAAGGCAGAAUUGCUUUAUUGAAUUUUUCCCAAUUGCUAUCCCUGGUUUUGAGUGAGUACCUCUUUUUCUUUUACUUUAUAAUAUUAUUUUUUUCACUUUGAAUUAAGCUAGCUGAAGCAUUUUCUUUUUUCUUUAUUAGGCAGUUAAUCUUGAUGAUAGUGUGUACCUAUAAUAUAAGGUCAUAGAUCAGAAAGUUUAAUGAAAACUCAAGAUAUCUAUUUUAAUUACUUAAAAAACUAUUUUUAUUAAAAUAUUACUACAAAUGUUGUUAGUAAAAUCAGAAAACAUAGAAUACUGGAAAUAUCAAUAAGUCCUCAAGAGUAAUCAAGGACCACUCUUUACUCACUGAAAUGUAUCCUUCUAGAUCUUUCUUCAUGAAACCCACUUAGGUCAAUUUAAUCAGAAUGAAUUUAUUAAAAGAAUAUUGGCUCCUGCAGAGAAUCUUUACAGUCAGAGGACCAGAUUUGGGGUCUACCCUGCCUGGAACAAUACCCAAAUCCAUACCUCAAAUCUGAUCUGGUAAAAACAUCUUUGUUGAUGUUCUGGACAAGUAAUUGCAAUCAUGAUGCAUGGAGGUCGCCAUCAGCAAUGGAUGUGGAUGCCACCACCAGAGCCACAGAGCCACACCUCUACUAUUUCCACAUCAGGGUCACACCCACCUGUCCCAGUGUGUAUUCUACCCACUCCACCUCAGAGUCUCUAUUGAGGUAUUUGAUGGGUGGAACCCAGGUCCAUACCUAUGAGAGAGGCAGGCAGAGGAAGACUGCAUAUGGCAUUUUCAGAUUCUGCAGUGUGAGGAGACACACCUUUCAUUUUUUAAUUUUUUUAAUUUAAAUUUUUUCUUAAUUUUUUAAUUAAAAAGAGCAGAGGGAUUGGGGAUGUCGCUCAGUAAGAGAAUAUAUGCUUAAUAUAAGAGUGAGGCCUUAGGUUCAAUCCUUAGCAUUGGUUGGGGGAAAAAGUAUCACAAAGGGCUUUCCUUGAUUAACACAAUCAUCCAUUCUACAGAAGAAGGCACAAUCAUCUUCUCAAAAGUGGUUAAUUCAAAGUUUAUUCAUUACUGCAUCUGCCCUUAAAUAUAAAAUCUCUGGGUGAGGGCCUUUCAUCCUCUGAUUCUGUCAUGAUGCCAUCAUGAUAAUCUGUAUGCUCAACUAACUACAUUAUGAAUUUGAUCACCAGUAACACACCCUUAGUAGGGAAAGAGAAAGAAGAAGCUUUUUGGAAAAUAUGGUAGAUAUAACAUGGUAAAAAAGAAAAUGCAUACAGGAGCAAUGAUAUUCAUUUCCACAACUGGUUAAGAGGCAAUGGCUGCUAUUAUAUAAUUUCCCUCAUCUAUUUUCCAUGCCAGAUGCUUGUUAUUUUUAGCUAGUCACUUGGCUGGUAGGAAUUAUAUAAUUAGUAGAGUGACCUAAACCUUUCUUCACAAAGAGUCUGGGCCUUGGUGAUCCUGACACAGGACUUUUUAUCACUGGAUAUGGAGGAACUCCAAGAGGUCCCCUGGUUUCCAUGAAUAUUAUAAAUCAGUCUGCAUUUGUUAGUGAUCAGACUGCUACCCACAAUGACUGGGUAGCAGUCUGAGCUUCUAAAUCAAUGGAACUAUAUUGUUUUUUGUUUGUUUGUUUCUUCUGGUGGAAGUCUUUUCUCAAGCUUUUAAAUCAUCAGAGCACAGUCCUGGGGCUAAGGAACAAUUUUGCAGGUGAACCUUAAGGAGGCCUUUCUCCUAAUGCCUUGGCUCUGAGACCCAUGUUGUAAGGGUAAAAGAAAUUGAAGUUGAAGUGUAAAAGUUAAAGUGUAAAAGACCGGGCAUUGUAAAGUUUCUAAGCUGCAAGGCCUGAGUUAAAAUGUAAAGGACUAGGUAUUGUUAAGUUCCUAUGCUACAUGCAAAACCUGAAAUUCCUGUAGCUGUUAAGACAAUGCUUGGAACUGCCCAGUAAAUAUUCCCCCUGACCGCUUGGUUGUUUAAUAACUUAGGGCCCUGUACGAUCUUGCACGUAGGCAUUGCAGGGCCUGGACCAAUCAGUUUGAAUGUGUACCCCGCUUUAGAACUGACCUAUCACCCCCGCCCGACCUGUUCCCGCCAAUGAAUGAACUAAUCAUGUUUAGGAAUUGUUGUUUGAUUUUCCCGCGGUGUAUGAUGGUUUGUUAAAGGGGACUGUGAUAUAUGUAAAAUCCCUGCCCUCCCCAAAAAAGUGUACUUAAGCAGUGCUCAGCCUAUGCUCGGGGCUCUGGGCUGCUUUCCCUUCUCGAGUGGGCAUGGAGCCCCAGCAUGCUGGAUCAAUAAAUCCCCUUCUGCCAAUUGCA